AUGACUACUUCCUUAAUGGGAAGAAACUGCAAAUUACAAUUAUCUGAAGAAUUUCAUUUGGAUAUAUCUUGGUGGGGACAUUUUGAUCCCACUUAUAAUAUUCAGCGUAAGGACAUAUCACAAGUUGAUUGGGGUCACAGAUUAAGAGAUUUUGUUAUAGAAGGUGGUCAAGAUUGUGUGGAGUCUAGUCUUACCUGUUAUACGCCAUGUUACACACAACUAGAACCAAUUAAUAUAACAGAGGGAAUAUCUUGUUCAUUUUGUCGAGCCAGAUAUGUGAGAAUUCAUUUGAACAUUAUUGAGAUUUUAACUAUCUGUGAGGUUGAGGUUUAUGGACAACAGGUUAUCUCCCCAUCAGGAUCACAGAUGUGCACGAAAUACUCAACUGAAACUUCUGUAAUUUUGGAAUCAUCAACAUCCGCUUUCAGCAGUUAUCCUGAAUCCAGCUUUAGUGAAUCAACAUGGGUCAUUUCAGACACCUCACCAUUCGAAAUGUCAACGUCAAUCGAUAUGACCUCAAGUGCUUAUACGACGACCAUGUCGCCAACAGAAAUGACCAUGAAUGUUACUGUUGAAACUGGUACUAAUGAAAUCUGUUCAUGUCGCUGCCGCAAGAUCGAAGAUGACCCCGAUGUAAUUGAAGAGAAAUUAACCGAAAUCAAGAAAAAUUUGACAAUAAGCAUAGUUAAACUGUCCAGUUCUAGACGGAAGAAGACUAGUGCUACUGAUAAAAGACCGUCAGCUUCUUCUGUAGGUUAUGUUGGUGUUGUUAUUUUAUCGGUUGUAAUGGGACUAUUGGUGAUACAAGAUAUUCUUAGUGCAUUAAUAUUUCUCUUCACUCACAUUAAAGUAGCACUCACACGUGAAAUUUCAAUAAGGCCUAAUGCUAACACGGCGGAAUCGAAUAACGUCGAAUUGACAUUGCCAAGAAAGAGACCAAUAAUUUUGAAUAAAGGAGAGCGAAUUUGA